GUUAUGUGAUAUAUAACUUCAAAAUAAUAUAAUAAAUUCCUUUAUUUUCAUUAAAAUCCUACUUUUGAAUAGUGUUUAAAGAAAAUGGGUGGCAAGCAUAAAGUCGCGAAUAGGACAAAGAAUAAUGCACGACCUUCUAGUAGUGGAAGAAGUGCUGAGCUUCUGGGUUCUUCCAUCCCACAAUUUGUAGGAUUUUCCGGUAUUAAAGAUGCUGGAUUUGGGCUUGCAGGGUUUUCCCUUUCUACGACUGAAGAAUUUGACUCGUCUAUCGAUCCCAACAUUCAACUGGUUUUGAAAAAAAUAUCAAAGAAAGAUUCUACAACAAAGUUGAAAGGUUUGCAAGAAUUCGCUGACUUGGUAAAAAAUUCCGAAGCCGAUUCUAUAAAAGCUCUGUUACCAGUGUGGCCUAGAUUUUACAAUGUUUUAUCCACUGAUAUCGAUAACCGUGUCCGCGAAGCAACUCAUAAUGUUCACCAUGAAAUUGUAUUAAAAGCUAAAAGAAAUAUUGCUCCAUAUUUGAAGCAGUUAAUGGCGCCUUGGUUCACUUCACAAUAUGAUACAUAUCCACCAGCUGCCAGUGCUGCUGCACAAGCAUUCAAGGAUGCUUUUCCAGUAAAUAAAUUUCAAGAAGCCGUGGUAUAUUGUCAAGAAGAGAUACUGUCGUACAUAAAUGACAAUUUGUUAGUUCAAACCGCACAGACUCUGAGUAACACCAAAAAUACGUCGGCAGAAGACGCAGAAGCUAAAUAUGAAAGGGUAUUAAUUUCUUGCUUGCAAGGAUAUUGUCUGUAUUUGGAAAAAGUAUCUUCAGAUCAAAUUCAAAACGUGGUGACUUUGAAUAAUGAUAUUGUUUCUAAUGGGAAAUUUUGGAAGUUGGCUAAACAUAAAGUUUCUCCCGUCAGAGCGGCCUGGUUCAAGGCCUUGACCGUUCUCUGCCAGAAAGCCGCCUUUUUACUUGAAGGGAAAGGGGCCCAACUUGUCAGCACUGUGUUCAAUAAUUUGGAGGAAAAUGAGCCUACAGUCUUGCCUUACGUUUGGGAGGCAGCUUUGCUGACCAUGGCGAAUAUAAAGGAAUGGUGGACAUUUAUCAAUAUCGAGAAACAAUUCUUCCCUAAACUGUGGAAGAUCCUUAAACAAGGUGGUCAAGGAAAUGCUUCUGUCAUCUAUCCAAACCUGCUUCCGUUAAUAUCGCACCUUCCGGCUACAGUGGACGAGAACGCACAGCAGUUUUAUAAUACCUUUUUUGAAAAUUUGCGUUUGGGACUGAAACAGAAGACUGUGAUAGCGAGUAGAUCGGAGUCGGUGGCUGUAGCGACAGCCUUCACCGAAUGUCUCCAAUAUGUCGUAUUGAAGAAGCAGUUGGAAGUGCCGUUAUGUAAAACCCUUAUCAAAAACCAUCUUUUAAGUACAAUCGAAUGGUGCCUUAUCGAAGACCAAGCCAGUUACAAGUCCGUUUUUAACCAAGUUGCCGCGUUAGUACAAUACUGGAGUAGGAACGCUCGGACUGAAGGGUUUGACGAUUAUUUACACUUUUUCUUUGAGAGCGUAUCUGACUUGCUCCGAGACACCUUAUUUAACUCGAGAGAGAACAAGAACUGUGAUGUUUCCAGCGUAUGCCUGAAGGAGAUAGAAUUUUUACAGUCCCUAAAGCAUAUUAACAAACCCAAGAAACAGUUCAAAGUUAAAUUUAAUCAAGAUGAAACAGAGAUAGGUGAAAGUGUACAGAGUUCCAAUAUUUCCACCGUAGAGACUAAUCAAAUAUAUUUCGAAAAAUUAAACUUGUUAGUUUACAAGGUGUGCGAAGAUUAUGUGGAAUAUAUAGAGGAAACCCAGUCCAAAGUGAUACUAGAAUACCUCUGCUCUCUUAUAGUUGACUUUGACACGAAAAACUUUUUCGUCAAUCUGAACGAAAAAAUGAAAAAGAAAAAUUCCGGCUCUCAACUGAUCGAUAUUUUCAACGACAAACUUUAUAAAUGGCUAAACUCCGGUGAGUUGUGUUGCAAGCAAGUCGUCGAUUUGAUAUUCUUGCUUUUUUCCUACGUCACUGAUGAUGACAAACAACUGAUAUUGCGGAAGUUGUCGGAGAUUUCAACUGAAGACUGUCUUGGUUGGUGCGUAUCUGAAGGACUGUCGCAUCCCCAUAAUAAGGAUCCGUUGGUUAAAGACUGGCUUCGCAACACAAAAGUCAGCGAAUUUAUAGUUUCCAUCGCGGAGAAGGAAAUAAAGGACGAAUCCUCUUCCGAAUGUAGCGUUCUCUUUAGACUCGCGCUGACGGAAAAUGAGGAUGGAGAGUUACUCAUCCACAGUGAAGCUGUAUCACAAAUUAUAAGCAAACUAAUCGCCACUCUAGAACACUACAAUGAUUAUACCGUAACCUUAGACACCUGCUCGAGCCUUGCCGCUUACAUUUCUGCCAUUAUAUACACCGAAAACUUACUCCUGACCUAUGGCAGCAAACUACUAUUGUCCCUGUUCAAGUUAUCAUGUAACUCCAACUUAGAUCACGAAGUUAUUUCUGCUGAAACGAUUUAUGAGGUUAACACUGCGUGGCAAGACGCCGUCACGCUCUUAACGAAGAGCUUAAGCCUAGACGCGAGCAAGGACCUGACGGGAAAGUUUGCCGAUAUUUUGGAAAACGAAUUUUUGUGUAACGAUAUGGGGGAGAGUCAUGUUGACCACUUAGCGAGCGUCGCUGUUAGUUUUAUAAAAGCAGUGCACAGGAGUAGGCCGCUGGGGGUAAGCGAUUUCUUGUGUUUGUUUUUGGAGCGGUCUUUUGUACCGGCUUGGAGGACUGAUUUGAAUAGCCUUUGCAAAGUAGCCGAGUACGUUAAAGGGAAUUUAAGCAGCCCGUUUGACGAGAUUCGUAAACCGUCCGAGGAUGUUCAGGAGUGGGAUAUUCUAAGGUAUUUCGUUUGGACUUACUUAAAACUUAGGAUAGUGGGAAUGGAAUUGGAUGGCGAUGAAGAGGAAGAAGAAGAAGAAGAGGAAGACGAGGGAAUAAAGCCGGAUAAGAAAUCUGUUUAUAUUCUAAAUGUUAUAGAUGAGAGUGAAACGUUUAUUUCCGAAAUUUUGUACGACUUAAGUUAUAGCCAGUCGUAUCUGCAGAACUUUAAAAAUACUAAAUAUUACGAAUCUAUCUUAAAUUAUUACGUUCUAACAGAAAUGAAACUAAAAACCGUUCUGGAAAAUGUCGAUCAUACAUUUAAAUUGAAAUUAAAAAGUAUUUUGAAAGGAAAAUCCAUAGGCGAGGCUUGGUUUUGGUGUAAAACGGCCUACAUCUUAUACUCGGAUAUAACUCCCGAACCUCCGUCAGACAUUUACAAGGAAUUUGUCGGUGACGUUUCUACCGCAAACAGUUUAGGUGUGCUACACUUAACGCAGGUGUUUGGCAGGCACCUCGACUUCGAUUACGUUCAGAAUAAAUUUGAGGCCGUCGGUAAUGUUGUGAUUCUCAGAAGUUUGAUACUUUGCGAUGAAAUCGACGUACAGAUCGCGGAAGUGUUUGGACAAAUCGAAAAAAUAAGAAGCGAAAACGUUCCACAAUUUUUGUACAACACCAGUAACAUCGGUUGGGUAAAAGCGCAGGAAAUCGUCGAAGUUGUCAGGUUAUGUUCCGGGCUGAUGAAACACAAAUUCAGUUCGUUGAGUCGCAGGCAUUGGGACUUUGGGGUGCUUUCGUUGGUAUCAUGGGCUUCGAACUGUUUAAAAUCCAGAGCUUCCUUCGAAAAAUACGAGUUUCAAGCGCUUUUAAUCGCCGUAGCAAAUCACUACAUCAGCACCGACAACCAGAUAAAAUUGAUGAAAGAACAAGAAUUAAAAAGUAGUUACAUUGACGAGUGGCGCGACGUCCUCGUCGAAAGUAUUCAUAGUGACCUCGCACAGCUUUGGUUAUACCUAGCAGAACAAAUGGAAGUUAAACAGUUCAACGUCACGUACUUACCGCUGAUACAAGAGUUCGGUGCUGUAAUAAACAAUAUAAACUACGACUUUAUCUUCAAGUUCAACGACACCUCUCUGCCGAAAUGGACCAAGUUCUUGAAACGGGGUUGUUCGUUACUGGUCUGUCCUCAGCCUAACUUACAACUCUGGGGGUACAAAAUGUUGCACGUUCUUGUGCCGGGACUUGUGAAGAUCGACACGGAAGCCGUUAAUACAAACACGCCUCACAGGAAGGGGCUUAUAUUCGAGCAGUUCAAGGAAAAGCUUGUAGAGACUCACGGUAUCGUGAACAGCAUGCUCAUGGGAUUUAAGUUAGGCGAAGAUAGCUGUAGGGUGGAACCGUCCACUGAUUCGUUCACUUACACGUUUGCUUACCUGCUCCUUUGGGACGUCCUGCUGACGUUAUGCGACCAGGCUUCGACCGAAUUAAGAUACCAGUAUGCCGAUUGGUUGAGGAACGAGGAUCUGUUAAAAAAUUUCUUGAACAACCUCUUCCGAUUGAUGCCCACUGAAGUGCUGCACUUUAACGAGGGCAAGUCUAAGUCUCUUCUUGAGGUAUUUUUAGAAAAACCUCCUAUGGAUGUUCGAGACACUUGUAAUAGCCAGAAAAUAGAACGUUUGGUUUGUUGGUUGUAUGCUUCGACUUUAGCUCAGCUUCCCGCAUUGGUGAGACAGUGGUGGACGAGCCUCGAGACAAAGAUAGCGCAAGUAGUAGAAAAAGUCACGUCGGUGUAUGUGUCGCCCCAUCUUUGCACGCAAGAACUGAACGAUGUGAUGGCGCAUCAAACGAAAUUUAAGAACAUGACGGUUAGAGUCAUCCCCACUGUUCGAGAAGUAAUCGCGAUCUACACCGUCGACGAGGCCCAAAUGGAACUGGUGAUUACCUUGCCUGCGAAUUAUCCUCUGGGUGGCUUGGACGUCCAAUGCAAUCGUCAAAUCGGGGGCACGACCCACAAACAGUGGCUGCUGCAAUUGAAGAAAUGCGUGCUACAUCAGAACGGUCGUAUAUGGGACGGGUUAUCUCUGUGGAAUAACAAUUUGGACAAGAAAUUCGAUGGCGUCGAGGAAUGUUACAUUUGCUUCUCCGUUCUGCAUCCCGGAACGUAUCAGUUGCCAAAAUUGUCCUGCCAGACGUGUAAGAAAAAGUUCCAUUCGGCAUGUCUGUACAAGUGGUUCAGUACUAGCAACAAGAGUUCGUGUCCAAUAUGUAGGAAUUUGUUUUAAGUUAUUUAAAACUUAAUAAAAUAUUAUAUAGUUAGAAAAUAUUUAAUUGAAAUUGAUAUAAAUAUAUUAA